AUGUUUGUAAAAUAUCUAGCAUUUGCUGGGAGGAUGAUUGGUUUGAAUCCUGUUGUUGAGGAUGGCCAUCUUCUGCCUGAGGAACCAUGUAUUUACGUCUUGAAUCAUCAAAGUUGCAUAGAUGUCACAGGUGUGGGGGAUGUAUGGCCAAAACGCUGCUCGGUAGUUUCCAAAGCUUCACUUAAAUUCAUGGGUUUUUUGGGAAUAAUUAUGUGGCUGAGCAAGACUAUUUCCAUUGAUAGGUCCCAUCAUACAGAUGCUAUUUCUGCCAUGGAGAAUGCUGCCAUAGCAGCCAAACAGAAUAAGGUCUCGAUUUUGAUUUUUCCUGAGGGCACAAGAUCCGAUGCUGUUAAUCUUCUGCCCUUUAAAAAGGGUGCAUUCCACAUGGCCAUCGAGUGUCAAUUUCCGAUUCAACCUAUUGUCAUUGAACCGUAUGCAAAGUUCCUCGACCACAAGAAGAAACUUUUUAAAAAUGCCACUUACAAAGUGAAGGUCCUGCCGAAAAUUGACACUAAGGGAAUGAAUAAAUCACAUGUUGAUCAACUUCUCAGUGAAACGCGUGAAAGAAUGGUUGCCGCAUUUGAAAUGAUGAAGGACCAACUUCAAACUGA